AUGGAAGAUUUCCAGCUACCGUUGGUCCGGUCGGCAAGUGGUGCAUGCGACGCAUGGUCAAGGUUGGAAGACCACUUCGAGAAGAAGAGUCUUGCCAACAAGCUGUUCUUGCGCCGUCGCUUCUUCACGACAAUGAUGGAAGAAGGCGACGAUGUGCUCGAACACAUCAACAAGCUCAAGACGCUGGCGGAACAGCUAGAAGCGGUGGGGGCUCCAGUCUGCGAGGACGAUCUGGUGAUCACACUUCUCGGCAGCCUGAGUGACUCGUAUCAAUUCUUGAUCACAGCUUUGGAGUCGCGCUCAGACACUCUUAGCUGGGAGCUCGUGACGUCUCGACUGCUUCAUGAAGAAAUGAAGCGGAAGGAGCAAGGAAGUAAAGGUGAUGAAGCUUCGCAAGGUCAAGCGUUCAUCACAAGGGACAAUCAGCGCAAAGUGUUGAAAAGACAGCGGCUGUGA